AUCUAUGUUGAUCGCCAGCUGUGGAAUCGUCAAAUUUAUCCACCCAUCAAUGUUUUGCCAUCUUUGAGCCGUCUCAUGAAAACUGCUAUAGGUCGGAGACGAAGCUCUUACUCACGAAGAUUGGUUGUAUUUGGAGUUUUUGAAAAAAUUUGAAAAACAAUUCGCUUCGCAAGUAAUGUGCCUACCUGGCCUUCUUAUCUUCGUUUGGCCUUGCAUAGAAUUUCGCUCUACUUUUUUUGCGAUCUUGCGUCCUGA